CUAUAAAGGCCAGCUUCGUCUCUACCCUUCGAUUCACAACCACUCCAACGAUCAACUCAUCUUCUUCUCCAACAGUUCUUGAACUAGAUAAAUGGAAUUCGGAAUCAUCGGCAUCGACUGUGCAGCUCCAGAUAAUUAUGCCAAGAACCAACUUCCAUUAGUUCACUGUCCAUCCAAAAGCUGUGUUCGAGGAGACCCCAAACCCAAACCUAUGGCUGCUCCAAUUGCCACACCGUCGGUCGACGUGAUGGAAUACCCAAACUCGUACGUGUUCGCCGUCGACGUUCCGGGGCUGAAGCCCAGCGACGUCAAGGUCGAGGUCGAGGUUGAGGACGCCAAUAUUCUGAAGAUCGCCGGCGAGGGGAAGCGCGACGAAGAAGACAUCAAUAACGAAGUAAGCCCCAAGUACUUGAAACUGGAGAGGAAGUCCGGCACGUUCACGAGGAAGUUUGUUUUGCCGGAAAACGCGAACACAGAUUCAAUUUCUGCUACUUGUCGAAACGGCCUUCUGAUGGUGACAGUGGGUAAGCUGCCGCCGGCGGAGCCUAAGACUGUUCAAGUUCAAGUCGCUUAAGAUUUAAGACCUCCAUUGUUGUAUUGUUUCUUCUUCUGGGUUUCACCAAUCUCUUUGCUCGUUUGCUUCUAUCCGUUAUUUUUCCAUGUAGUGUGAUGUGUGUUGAAUAACAUUCUAGUUAAAUUAAAAUUAGGGCCACUAGUAACUAGUCAUUUGUGAGAGACUAUUGUUUGAUUCGAUAAAAUUUUAUUAAGAUAAAUGAACUGAGUUUGAAUUUAA